UUGACGUGUCUAAACUCGCUCCUCCUCCAGAUUUUCAGGCAACAGUACGUGGAAAAGGAUGUCUGAGAGAGCAUCACAGAAAAUAUUCAGUGUAUAACAUUUAUUUGAAAAAAAAAAAAGUUCCAUACGUCAAACUUAAAUAGAACAAAUGAAUGCAUCAGGUUGCGUUAUUUGGUAAAUGUCCUUUGAAAAAAAGGCUUUUCCCCCCUCGACCAGGUGAAUUAAAAAAAAAAAAAGGUAUAGGUCUACUGUUUUAUUUACAAUUAGAAAUGGCAUACGAUGAAGCAAUAUACAGAAAAAAAAAUAGCUGGAAAUAAAUAACAAUAAAAUGUACCGUAAUUUGUUCUCAAAAAGACUUGUUAACCCAUUCACUAGCUAAAUUAAUAAAGACACAGACUGUAGGGUAUCUUUUACAUGGGCUUUUAAAUAAAGUAAUUGUUUUGGGAACAAUUCUCAAGCACCUUUGUCUUUUAAUGCAGCGAAACGCCUAGCAGGAGACGGAAAUGACACACAAAUCCGUUGACGUUCUAACCAGAGUGCGACGGGGAUAUCCCGGAGAGAGAACACAUCGUUAGAGUCUCUAGUAAUUUCUUUCAGUGUUGGGGAGCUUUUAUUUUAUUUUAUUUAAACAGCACCGAAACCAGGGUUCUCUCUGCUUCGCUGAGUGCUUGCUGUUUGUUUCUGCUGUUGUUACUGUCAUUUUCCCAGUUUUCUGGGGUUUUUUUGUGCGUGUUGGUGUGCCGGAGCGAGGUUGUGUUGCUCGGGGACUCGGUGGGGUUAGUUAUUAUUAUUUUUUUGUUUUCUUCUCUCGCCGCUGUUGGACUUCACUGAGCAAGGAAAACUGACCAUGGAUUUCAACACUAUCCUGUCCAUGGCGUCUGAAAACCAGGGUCUGAGCAGCUUACCGGCAAAGCGAUACAGCCUGUCGGUGGGACCCCCAAAAAAGGACCCGAAAGUCAAAGGUGUGCAUUCUGCAGCAGUGCAAGCCUUCCUGAAGAAGCAGCAGAAUGAGAACAAAAAAAAAGUGAUAGAAAGCAAGCGAAAGAAGGAGGAGCUGCUUGCCAAGCGAGUGGAGAUGAAGUCUGACCGGAAAGCACGCGCCAUGGCGUCUCGGACCAAGGACAAUUUCAGAGGCUACGACGGUGUCCCCAUUGUGGAGCCAACUAAGAAGAGGCGUUCGAAGCAGGAGAUGGCAGAGGAAAGACAGCGAAAUGCAGAAGGGUGUGAGCGCAACGGGACAGGUGAUGAGGAGGAUUAUUGUGAAUACUCACAAACUGAGUCAGAGUACGAGGAUGAUGAGGAAGAGACGGACAGAAUGACAGCAAGAAUGCCUGACAGAACGGCAGCGCGAGAGCCUGAAAAAGCCUCCAAGAAGCCUAAUGCAGCCAAGCCUGCACCUCCCCCCAUGAACUUUGCAGAACUCCUGAAGCUGGCGCAAAAGAAGCAGUUUGAACCAGUGGAGCUGAAAUCCACAAAGAAGACUGAAGAAAAGCUAAGGACUGCAGAGGAACUGAAGGAGAUGGAGUUCCUGGAGCGAAAGAAUAAGAAAUACAUCCGGGAGACGGGAAGGGAAGGGAAGCCUGAGAGAGACAGCAGGUCCCAGGUUGUCUCCAGCUCUUCAAAGAAGAGUUUGCCAGACAAGGAUGUAAGAAGCAGAAAGUUGCUGUCGUCUAAAAGUUAUGCUGAGAAGCUCCCUCCCAACGACAUGGUGAGCAAGAAACCAAAGCCGCCUUCAUCCAGUGAAAGACCUCACAGUUCUUCUACUGCCAAGCAAUCUCAGGGUGAUAGACACAGACCUGGACUGGUUGGGUCCAGCAAAAGCUCCUCAGGUGCCAGUAUUGUCAAAAACUCUUUAAAACAGAGCUCCAGCUCUCAUUCCUCUGCCAAAGCUUCCUCCCCCAGGCCUUCCUCAAGUGGGGGUCAGAGGUCCUCUACCAGCAGUGACCUUAACCAGAAGAAAGGAAACUUUCCACCUUCUGGAAAGAUGGGUGGUGCUCAUGUGCGACCUGGGAUCAGUUCCAGCUCUGCCUCAGUGCGACCAGGAAGCUCAGGUCAGGGCCGACCAGCAAGUGCUGGUCAGGUCAGACCCACAAGCGCAAAUGGUCCUACAAAAUCAGGAAGCUCAGGGCCUCCGCGACCUGGAAGUGGUGCACAAGCACGACCAGGAAGUAGUGGUCCUGGCCAUCCUGGAAAUGGUAUGCGGGACCGACCUCGGAAUGGUGAGCCAGGGAAACCUGGAAAAAAUCCUCAAGCCCGACCUGGAAGUAGUGGACCAGGGCGACCUGACGGUAAUCCGCAAGGCAGACCUGGAGUUAGUGGCCAAGUGCGACCUGGAAGUUAUCCAAAGGCCCGACCAGGAAGUAGUGGUUCUGGCCAACCUGGAAAUGGUAUGCAGGACCGACCUCGGAAUGGUGAGCCAGGGAGACCUGGAAACAAUCCUCAAGCCCGACCUGGAAGUAGUGGACCAGGCCGACCUGACGGUAAUCCGCAAGGCAGACCUGGAGUUAGUGGCCAAGUGCGACCUGGAAGUUAUCCACAGGCCCGACCAGGAAAUAGUGGUCCUGGCCAACCUGGAAAUGGUAUGCGGGACCGACCUCGGAAUGGUGAGCCAGGGAGACCUGGAAACAAUCCUCAAGCGCGAUCUGGAAGUAGUGGACAAAUGAGACCUGGAGGCGUGGCACCUGGCCGACCUGGAGGCGUGGCACCUGCUCGACCUGGAAGCACUAUGGGCUCUGGCCCAGGGAGGCCCCAAUGCACUGUGGUGUCAGAAACCAUUUCAACCAAGGACUUUGUACCCACCAAUGGGGUUAGGCCACCUAGACCCCAUCCAGGUCACAGGCCCAUGAUGAGGCCUCCAGGUCCCCCACUGCCCCCCAUCACCUCCAGCUACAAACGGAAAUUUGACGAUGAUGAUGAGGACGAGUAUGAUUCUGAAAUGGAGGACUUUAUCGAUGACGAGGGGGGAGAUCAAGAUGAAAUCUCAAAACAUAUCCGGGAAAUCUUUGGAUACGACCGAUCGAAAUAUAAAGAUGAAAGUGACUAUGCCUUGCGUUACAUGGAAAGUAGUUGGAAAGACCAGCAAAAGGAGGAGGCUCGGAGUUUGCGUUUGGGUAUGAAGGAGGAUGAGGAGGAGUUGCGAUUGGAGGAGGAGAUGAAAAAAAAGGCGGCGAUGAAAGCAAAACGAAGGAAACUGUAAAAGGCAGUCAGAAUCCACCCCCACUGACUGCCUGCUGUUACAAUAACUUUUUAUCUGUGGCUAAUCUCUGAGAACUGAAAUCCAAGACCUAAUCAGAUUUACACUAAGGGGCAGAGGAUCACUUCUGCGCUGGUCAAAAGCAACAGAAAAAUAGCCAGCUACAAUCAGGGUUUUCUACAAGCGGCCUACUAGACGUGGCACUGCUUCAUUUCUUAGCUGGAUAGCGGCUGCAUCGCAAUUUCUUUUUGGUACAGAAGAAAAGCUGUAGUGUUCAGAUCAGCAAUCCUUUGUAGUGUUCUUUUUUUAUUAUUGAAAUUCAAACUGAGAAGAAUAUAUUACGAUGCCAUUUAAGAGGAUUUUUUCUUUCCUGGUUUAAAAAAAAAAAAGUGUUGAGUAUCACAGUGGUAAGUUUCAAUUAUUUAGUGAGUUUAUUUUACUGUGUUUAAUAUUCUUGCAAAUCCCCAAAGGCACUACCAGCCUACCAUGCCUACCAUAUAGUAAUAUAUAUCCUCCAUCUUUUCAUAAAAGCGGUACAAAAUCUUGCAGCGGGUGAGACUGAUUGCAAAACCUUCUCUCAUAAUAAAUUAUUAACAAACCAUGCUAAAUAAAACAUCCAUCAAAGCA